UUUAUGAUGGAGAUUUCAAAGAUUACGUUUGAAGUUUCUCUGGGAUGAGAAGGCUAAAGUUUCCGGACUUUUGUCAUUCUCGGGUUCUUCAAUUUCUUAGUUAUUGACAUUGUGUUACUUGGUUGAGUUCAGUGAGGGAAUGGAUGCUGUUAGCGAAGCCGAUUACAAACCUCCGCCAGAAUUUAUUGAGGAUACCAAGGAUUCACUUGUCGAUCUUAGUAUGACGGACUCGAAAGAACUUUGGCUGAUUCAGUGGCCUGUGAAUCAACACCCUGAUUUUGAUGGGCAAGAACUGUCACUCAAGCUUCAUCAGGAUGGACAGUUGGGCAAGUUUGAAGGUUCAUCUGGAAAAUUAUACAAUGUUGUCAGUUUUGCGUCUCAGGAUCCAGAUGCGACGGUUUUUAUAUCAUCUCCAUCUGAAUCAAAAAUAGUGGGAAAGAUCUCACGGCGUGUUUCCCUUGUCCACUACCCUGAGCCUGAUGAACUUGAAAAGCAAAGUACCAACAGUUUGAGAAAAAUGUAUCAGAGAUCUGGAGGAAGCAGCUUGACCCAUUCUUCUCAUCAUUAUUCGACUCCUUCUCACAGUACUAAGCCGAGAAACCCACAAUCAGUGAGCGGCCGAUCUGCCUCCACACAUAGUAGCAGGCAUAAGAGAAGGCAUGCUGAUAAGCCUGCCACAUCCAUCAACCAGCUUACUCAAGACUCAGGGCGAGGUCAUAGUACAGUUACUUCUUCAGGGUCCUUAGGGCUUUCUCAUCAAGGGAAAUCAACAAAGAAGGUAAAACUUGAGGGCUAAGGCAUUACUUUUACCAUCUAUUAGUGCAAUCCUUGAGGAUAUCCAGGAUGCAAUGCCGAUUUGCAUAUGAGAGCGUAGCAUGAUCCUGAAUGCAUUUCAGCUUAACCUGUUUAUUGGCUUUAUUGAGGUGUUUUUUGAAAUUUAGAAAACUGAAAUCCUUGAAGUUCCCCAGAUUGGCUUAUGCUUUCAUUUUUGUAUUCACAUAAACACAACUACAGUUAACGACUCCAAGUUGAGUAUAAUUCUCAGCUAUUUGCAAGUUUGAGUAUAAUUCUUAGCUGUUUGGAAAA